GAGCUACCAAUAUUUUCAGCUCUCUACAUCGUUAACAACGAAAGGUACAAAAGCAAAGCUUCAAAAUCUCAAAAAGCAAUCGGCUUCUCCAAAGUUAUCUCUCGUUUGCAAAUACCCAUUAUUAAAUCUCGACUCUGUCUGUGGGUUUUCAAAGAAUUUGUGUUGUAAUAGCUCUGUAUUGUGUGUUUAUGCAUUUCUUAGCAACAAAUGGAUUCUGCAAUGAAAAUUGGGUUGUCAAUUGGUUUACCCUCUUCUUCUUCUUCAUUAAAACUUAGUCAACACAGCCAAAUUAAGGUCUAUUAUGGAUUUCAGUUCUGUGGAAACCGGUUCAAAAGGAAAACUUGUGCCAUUGGUUCUAAUGGCUCUGUUUCUUCCUCUGCUUCUCAUGAGGCAGAAGCAAGGGCAGUGGGAGAUGCACAUAGACGAAGAAGCAGCCUUGAAUCUCUUUUUUGUUAUGAUAAGCCUAUACCAGAAGAGAUAAUCGAGAAACCAGUUGGUAUAUCUUUAGCUGAAAAAGUAAUUGGAGAUAAUCCUCGAUGCGGUGAUUGUCAGGCCAAAGGUGCAGUUCUUUGCACCACUUGUUCUGGUUCAGGCUUGUAUGUAGACUCCAUAAUGGAGAGCCAGGGUAUCAUUGUCAAAGUCCGCUGCCUAGGUUGUGGAGGAACAGGUAACAUUAUGUGCUCAGAAUGUGGUGGGCGUGGGCAUCUUGGACCAAAAUAACCUGCAUGGUUUGCAUUUCUUCCUUGGAUUUUGUUGUAGCCUUAUUUAAUGUAAUAUUUACAUGUUAAAGUUCAUAUUUGUUUCUGUAAUUUUUAGAUAUUGUAUGGUUGGAUUUUAUUCAAAAUUUUUAUGUAUUUGAUUCUCAUUUCUUAAUGGUAUUCUUUCCCUAUGAUUCAUGCUUA